CCCUCCCUCCCUCCGCUGCGUUUUUCCUAAUUGUUAAUUCGUGUUCUUUGAUCUGUUCCGAGAAACCGCUUCAAGGUCUCUCGAGGUCCGAUUCGAUCCAUUUCCAAGGUUUGGCUUUCUCGAAACGGAGAAGCGGAAAUGGAAGAUCCUCUGAUUGACAGAGAGAGUAGUGGAAGGCCUACGGAUCGUCUUUUCCGCAGAUCAGAAGCCAUUACUCAUGGUUCCACCUUCCAAAAGGCAGCCGCGCUCGUCGAUCUGGCCGAAGAUGGUAUUGGUCUUCCCGAGCAAAUACUCGACCAGUCGAGCUUUGGGGAAUCUGCAAAGUACUACUUCAUCUUCACACGUCUGGACCUUAUUUGGUCACUCAACUACUUUGCAUUGAUUUGCCUAAACUUCUUCGAGAGACCAUUGUGGUGUGAUAAGAAACCUACUCCUUCUUGCAAUGACAGAGAUUACUAUUACCUGGGCCAGUUACCAUACUUGACCAAUGCAGAAGCUGUUGUCUACGAGGUAAUUACCCUUGCUAUACUACUUGUACACACCUUCUUUCCGAUCUCCUAUGAAGGGUCCCAAAUUUACUGGAAAAGUCGGUUGAACCUUAUGAAGGUGGCUUGUGCAGUAGUUUUAUUUAUCGAUGUGCUGGUCGAUCUUCUUUAUCUUUCUCCAGUGGCUUUUGAUUUUCUCCCUUUUAGAAUUGCACCAUAUGUGAGAGUGCUAAUAUUCAUCCUAAGCAUAAGGGAACUGAGAGACUGCCUCGUCCUUUUGGCUGGAAUGCUUGGCACAUAUUUGAAUAUUUUGGCUUUGUGGCUGUUGUUCCUUCUCUUUGCCAGUUGGAUUGCAUAUGUCAUGUUCGAGGACACACAACAAGGCUUCACCUUGUUCACUUCUUAUGGCACCACCCUUUAUCAGAUGUUUAUUUUAUUCACAACUUCCAACAAUCCCGAUGUCUGGAUUCCUGCGUACAAGUCUUCACGUUGGUCAUCAUUGUUCUUCGUUCUCUACGUGCUGAUUGGUGUCUACUUUGUCACAAACUUGAUCCUUGCUGUCGUAUAUGACAGUUUCAAAGAACAGCUCGCAAAACAAGUUUCUGGAAUGGAUCUUAUGAAGAGAAGAAUGCUGGAGAAAGCCUUUCGGCUUAUAGAUAACGAUAACACAGGAGCCAUCAAUAAGGAGAAAUGUAUUAUGCUCUUUGAAGAAUUGACUAACUACAGGUACUUAACUACACUUUGUCAUAUUGUUAUUAAUAUGCUGGAUCAAUAUGUUUCCUUUUGUUUUAUUUUCAGGACAUUGCCGAAAAUUUCUAAAGAAGAAUUUGGAUUGAUAUUUGAUGAGCUUGACGACACUCGUGACUUCAAGAUAAACAAGGAUGAGUUCACCGACCUUUGCCACGCCAUUGCUCUAAGGUUCCAAAAGGAGGAAGUACCAUCUCUUUUCGAAAACUUCCCGCAAAUUUACCACUCGCUCUUCUCAAAACAACUGAGAGCCUUUGUUCGAGGCCCACGCUUUGGAUACAUUAUAUCUUUCAUCCUCGUGUUGAAUCUGAUUGCCGUCAUUGUGGAAACAACACUCGAUAUCGAAGAAAGCUCUGCUCAGAAGACCUGGCAGGUUGUUGAAUUUGUAUUUGGUUGGAUAUAUGUGCUGGAGAUGGCUUUGAAGAUCUAUUCAUAUGGAUUCGAGAAUUAUUGGAGGGAUGGUCAAAAUCGCUUUGAUUUUCUGGUCACUUGGGUUAUAGUUAUCGGAGAAACGCUUACCUUUGUAACCCCUGAUGAUAACACUUUUUUCUCAAAUGGAGAAUGGAUCCGGUACCUUCUCCUUGCGAGAAUGUUAAGACUGAUAAGGCUUCUAAUGCACGUCCAACGCUACCGAGCUUUUAUCGCAACAUUCAUUACACUUGUUCCAAGUUUGAUGCCAUAUCUAGGGACCAUAUUCUGCGUUCUGUGCGUCUACUGCUCUGUUGGUGUACAGAUCUUUGGUGGGAUCGUGAACGUUGGGAACAAAAAAGUCGCAACAACUGAUAUGGCUGAGGAUGACUAUCUUUUGUUCAAUUUCAAUGACUAUCCAAAUGGGAUGGUGACACUCUUUAAUCUGCUAGUUAUGGGGAACUGGCAAGUCUGGAUGGAGAGCUACAGAGAGUUGACUGGGACGUGGUGGACCAUUACAUAUUUCAUCAGUUUCUACGUCAUCACCGUGCUACUUCUAUUGAAUUUGGUGGUUGCUUUUGUAUUGGAGGCAUUCUUUGCUGAGCUCGAUCUCGAGGAAGCAGAAAAAUGUCGAGGGAAUUCUGAGGAGCCUGAAGAAAGAGGGAACAGACGGCGUUCCUCAGGAACCAAGAGCCGGAGCCAGAGAGUGGAUACGCUGCUUCAUCACAUGUUGGGUGAAGAACUGAACCAAACAGAGUGUUCCAAUGCAUAAUCUCUUGGUCGCAGAGGCUGGCCGGGAGACGUCUUUUCAAGAUUUUGUGAAAUGUGGGAAGCGUUCUUGAAGCUAUUCGGUGUGCGUGUGUUGUGAUUUAUGUAUGCAUCAUCAUAUCAUUUUAGCACACUUUACUGUAGUAUUCUGUCAGGUGCAUGAAUUUUAUCAGAGAUUUCAUGUACUUCCUCAUUGUUGUCGCCUUAAUGCAAUCCCGACAUCAA